AAUCCGAUCAGAUUUAUGCUGAUAUUUUACCUAACUACGUGUGAAUGCCAUUAGUAUUUGGAUUCAUUGAAGAUUUUAGAAAAUUUUUUAAAUGAAUAACAAUUAACAAAUACUAAUAUCUAAAUUUUUUUACUGGUAAUAAGAAAAACCUUGUCCAAACUCCAACCAACACCUCCUCAGUGCUCAGUCCUCGAGAAUAUUUAUAGUACACCCGGGUGUACCAUGCUCAUGGUACACCCGGGUGUACCAUGCUCAUGGUACACCCGGGUGUACCAUGCUCAUGGUACACCCAAGACUAUUUUCUCCAAAUGAGCAAAAUGCGCGAAUGAGCAAAUGAGUAAAAUGAACAAUGAGCAAAUGAGCAAACAUUUCUACUCAUUUAAGAAAAUGAGCAAAUACUUUUAUUACAAAAUGAGCAAAAUGAGCAGAUGAGUAAAUGAACAAAUUGCCCAUAUGAGCAAAUUUGGUGUCAAAUGAGCAUCUGAAAUUCUAAUUUAUUACAAAAAUACCCCCGGAUGUACCAUGCUCAUGGUACACCCGGGUGUACCAUGAGUGAACUCCUCAGUCCUCACCUUCAAAAGAAAAAAAAAAGUGUAAAAUUUAGUCAUAUAACCUUAAGGUCACAAAUCACAAUAAAUAAAAACUCUUAGCACUAGAAUGAACGGGGUACAUCUAUCGAUUUUUUACCAUAUAUGUCUAGGAGUCUAGGACAGUCAGAAUAGGACAAUAUAUUUUUAUUGUCUAAACCCGUAAUUGUCUUAACUUUUUUUUUCUAUUUGUAAUUGAGGAUUUUUUUUUUAUCUAUAUAAGCCUACAAAAAAAAAAAAAAAAAAAUCGAACUUGUUGUUCACAUCACCUAAUCUUAACCACUAAACUAAAAUAUUUUUUGUAUUUGUUUUUGAUCCAUAUGAGCCACGAAGGCAGUAUAUUCUUUGUAUUUGUAAUUGAAGGUUUGAUAUUCAUUGAAAUGCAUACCAACAUAGCAACGGCCAUAUCAAUCUAUAAGCUAAGUAUAAAUAUGACCACACACCAUAAAAUUUUCUGAUUAUCUCCAUCAUACCUUUGCCUGUUCCUCCUUUAAUAACCAUGGUAAUCUCAUCAAAAACCCACGUUGCGCUCCUUGCUAGCCCGGGCUCAGGCCAUUUGAUCCCCGUAGUAGAGCUAGCCAAGCGCCUAGCUGCGCAUCAUGAACUGACCAUAACCAUCUUUGCCGUCACCCCUUCCGUCCACCGUGCAGAGGAUGAGAUAUACGGCUCUGCCAUUUCGUCGUGGCGCGGGGUCAUCAACACCGUGAUCCUCCCUACCGAAACACAAAAUUUCCCAUCCAAACAAUCCUUCAUCCCUACGCUGUUGGAUAUGAUGAGGGAUGCUCUCCCUGCCUUACGCUCCGCAAUCAACGGCAUGAAGAACAAACCCAUUGCUCUGAUUGUCGACCAAUUUAGUACAGAGGCAAUCAAGACGAUCGCCCAAGAGUUUAACAUGUUCAAGUACGUGUUCAUUGCUUCUAAUGCAAUGUUUUUGUCCUACAAUUUAUAUCUUCCGCACGUCGAUAAAGUGGUGAACCGGGAUGAACCGUUUUAUAUCCCUGGUUGUGAACCGAUCCCGGGUGAGGAUCUACUUGAACUAACCUUUAUCCCCGAUGAACGGCCUUACAAAGACUUCGUCCGUAUGGGCUACGACAUCGCCGCGGUUGAUGGCAUUUUGGUGAACACAUGGGAUGAUCUUGAGGCCAAGACGCUUCUUGCAUUUAAGGAUUUAAGGUUCAUGAAAGAAAUUGCUAAAGCACCGGUUUAUCCCAUUGGACCUGUGGUUAGAACGGGUGAACCAAAAGGUUUAAAACCCGAGUUAAUCAAAUGGCUGGACCGGCAACCAAAUGAGUCUGUUGUUUAUGUUUCAUUUGGGAGUGGUGGGACCAUAUCAGCUCAACAGACUAUUGAAUUAGCCAUGGGUUUGGAGUUGAGUAAGCAACGAUUUAUUUGGGUGAUCCGACCUCCUAUAGAAAAUGACAAUGCAGGUUCCUUGUUUAAGUCCAUGCAUGGUGAGGGAGGGCUCUCUAAGUAUCUGCCGGACGGAUUCGUCGAUCGAACACACGAGGUAGGUUUUAUUGUGCCAAUGUGGGCUCCUCAAGACGAGAUCCUGCCCCAUCGAUCAAUCGGAGCAUUCGUUUGUCAUUGUGGGUGGAAUUCUACUUUGGAAAGUAUUGUAAAUGGGGUGCCUAUUAUCGCUUGGCCUCUUUAUGCAGAGCAAAAAAUGAAUGCAACUAUGCUUGUUAAUAAUCUUGGGAUUGCAGUUCGAUCUCAUGUGAAACCUAGCAUGGAGCUAGUGGAAAGGGGUGAGAUAGCAAAAAUGGUGAGAAGGGUGAUGGUGGAUAAGGAAGGAAUAGGCAUAAGAACAAGGGUCAAUGAGUUGAAAGCAAGUGCAAAUAAGGCCUUGAGCGAGGGUGGAUCUUCUUAUAACGCAUUGUCCGAGGUAGUUAAAAAGAUUGUGAGCUGA